AUGAGUUUCCCCCCUGCGCCCUCCCUUCCCCCAAUUCCCCCCCUACUUCCCCUUGUUUUCCCCUUUUGCUUCCCGUGCUUUUCGCCCCUGCAUCCCCUCUUUCCCCCCCCUGCGUCCCUUCCUUUCUCCCCAUGCAUCCACCCCUUUCCCCCCUUGCUUCCCCUCCUUUUCCCCCCUCCAUCCCCUCCUUUUCCCCCCGUGUUUCCCCUCUUUCCCCCCGUGUUUCCCCUCCUUCCCCCCCGUGUUUCCCCUCCUUCCCCCCGUGUUUCCCCUCCUUCCCCCCCGUGUUUCCCCUCCUUUUCCCCCCGUGUUUCCCCUCCUUCCCCCCCUUUUUCCCCUCCUUUCCGCCCCUUCCCCUCCUUUUCCCCCUUGCUUCCCCUCCUUUCUCCUCUUGCAUCCCCUCCUCCGUUCUCCCACUGCUUCCCCUCCUUUCCCCCCCUUGCAUCCCCUCCUUUCCCCCCAUUUUCCACUUUCCACCUCCAGUACCGUACUACCAACGCGCUGCUCGCCCCAUCUCCGCCUCACCCCAUCUCCGCCUCACCCCAUCUCCGCCUCACCCCAUCUCCGCCUCACCCCAUCUCCGCCUCACCCCAUCUCUGCCUCACCCCAUCUCUGCCUCACCCCAUCUCUGCCUCACCCCAUCUCUGCUUCUCUUCCCUUUCUCUCCCCAUCCAUCCCCUACGCAUCCCUUCUCUCCCCCCAUCCAUCCUCUACGCAUCCGUUCUCUCCCCAUCCCUCCUGCAGGUUUGGGGCAGUGUGGACGGACGGCAACGGGCAUAUUUGCUAUGCAGAAAUGAAUGUGGUGCUGCUGGAGUUGACCUCCAAUGA